AUGCAGAGCAAGUCAGAGAUCCUGCAGAAGUUUUAUAGGUGGCCUGAAUCCCUGUCAGGAAAGUGUGGGGCAGAGGAAUGGAAAUGGCCCUUGACAGCAGGUCCAGGAGGUGCUGUAGCAAUUGCUGAUGUCAUCUCAGGAAAUACUUGUGUCAAUGCCUGCGUGGAUGUGGUUCUGUCCGGGGUGAAGCUGCUGGAGGCACUGGGUCUGGAGCCUGGGGAUGGAAAGAACCACGUGGUCCUGAACUCCAGGCAGGACCUGAGAGAGGCAUUUGCUCACUUCAUGGAGAAAGGGGCAGCGGCCGAGCGCUUCUUCAGCGAUGCUGAGGCCUUUCACCACAUUGCACAGACAGCCUCCGAGCACCCUGGGGCACAGCUCUACGUGGGAGGGAAUGCAGCUCUCAUCGGGCAGAAGCUUGCAGCAAAUCCAGACCUGAAGAUCCUCCUCUGUGGCCCAGUUGGUCCUAAACUCCAUGAACUACUUGAUGACAAUGUGGUUGUGCCACCUGAAUCCAUGCAGGAGAGAGAUGAAUUCCAUCUUAUCUUGGAGUAUCAAGCAGGAGAGGAGUGGGGCCGAGUGAGAGCACCUGCUGCCAACCGCUUCAUCUUCUCCCACGACCUGUCAAACGGCGCCUUAAACAUGCUGGAAGUGUUUGUGUCCAGCUUGGAGGAGUUUCAGCCAGAUCUUGUGGUACUUUCAGGCCUUCACAUGAUGGAAGGGCAGAGCAGGGAGAUGCGACAGAGGCGACUGAUGGAGGCUGUGGCCUCCAUCUCUGAUAUCCCUACUGACAUUCCCAUACACCUGGAGCUGGCCAGUAUGACUGAUCAGGAUUUUAUGAGCAACAUUGUGCAUCAGGUCUUUCCCCUGGUGAACUCCCUGGGGCUGAACGAGCAGGAGCUGCUGUUCCUGACGCAGUCAGCCGCGGGGCCCCACGCCUCCCUGCCCUCCUGGAGCGGCAUUCCCGACGUGGGUGUGGUCAGCGACAUCCUCUUCUGGAUCCUGAAGGAGCAUGGGAAGACUGCAGAUCGAGCCUCCGACCUCACACGGAUCCACUUCCACACCCUGGCCUACCACAUCCUGGUCACAGUGGACGGGCACUGGGGCAACCAGGUGGCUGCAGUGGCUGCCGGAGCCAGAGCUGCAGGGACUCAGGCCUGUGCCACCGACACCAUCGACACCACCAAAGUCUUCCUGAAAGCUCCUUUGGAGUUUGUGACCUCCCAGAUAGAGGCACCUUCCAAAAUCUCCUUAAAUCCAGAUGAGCCAGUGGUGCAUUGGCACAGAGAAGGCAUCUCAUUCCAUUUCACCCCCGUUUUGGUGUGCAAGGAUCCUGUCCGGACCGUGGGCCUGGGGGAUGCCAUUUCAGCUGAAGGACUGCUGUAUUCUGAAGUGUAUCCUCAAUAGCAACUAAGACCCUUCCUUCUCUCCAGCACUGCACGGUGUCUGAGGACCCGUGGCUUAGGAUUUGGGGCAGUGGUGGUAUAGAAACAGAAUCAGGGUGUGUUGUGUUUCUUGGGUAUAACUGAAAAAGAGCCAAAGAAUAAUUCCAGGUAUAAACUCUCAGCUACAUUCCAGUCACUCGGCAGUGACUCGAACGCUUCACGUGUAGGUGCAGCUGGUUUAGUAUUUAAUGUGAAAAUUGGCUUUGUCUUAAGCAGAGUGGGAGAGACAAAAAGACCAAAAUCCCUGUCUGGCCUAGGUUUGCUGUUUGUAACUCAAAUGGGUCAUGUCUUGUA